CGGCCCCUGUUGCCCCGGAGACCGCGGGGCAGCCCCGCCAGAGGCCGCGCCCAUUGGCUGGCUCCGCAAGGACGCGCUCCCAUUGGCUGCCGCCGCCGCCGCCUGUUGCCGUGGUAACAGGGGACCCGAGCCGCCGGUCGUGGCCUACCCCGGGCGCUGCGGCCUGCCCCGGGACCGAGCCCGGCCCUCCCGGAGCCCCGUUUGGCCCGGGGAUCACCACACAGACCUCCACCGCCGCCUCCCCGUCGCGCUGAGCCCUUGCAACGGGGCCUGCGGGCGGCGCCUGCCCGAGCCGUUCCCGCUCGGUGCGGCUGGGACGCCAUGCGCGGCACCGGGCACCCCCCGCUCCGCUCCCAUUCGAUCCCGGCACCGGGCGCUUGCUCGGCCGUUCCCUCCCCACCCCCUUUCCCCGGGGCGGCCGCCGCGGGCUCUGCUCCCUCCCGGCCCCAGCCGCCCGGCGAGCAGCCGAGGCCCCGUCCCGCACAGGGCCGGCCUGGCCCAGCUCCCACCGGGCCCGGGCACGCAGACCGCGACCCGGUGGGUCCCGGUGGAUCCCGGGCUCCUGCCGUGCGGCGCCGGGGCGGGGCCGGCAGGGGGCGCCCCUCCCGCGAGCGCGGGCCCCGCCCUGUCUCUGUACCCGCCCGCUGUUGCCAUGGAAACCGGCCCGGGGCCGGGACACGGGGACGCGGGAGCCUGGGCGGAGAUGGAUGCCCAGGGCCCGGUGCCCACGGUCGGGGAAGAGUUCAAGAGAACGGAUUACAGCAAAUGGCAGAAGACAAAAGCAGAGGGGAGGAAAUCUCCAGCCCGCAGGUUGACUUUGCCACCGCUCGCUGAUGAGGACAAGAAGAAGAAAGGGGACAACAAGAAGCCAGUGGCAUUCAUGCCGGGUAAAAAACCACUCUUGCCUUCGGAGACAUCACCAUCCCAAGAGAAAUACAGAAGUUUUGCUCAGAGGAAAUUAGCACUCAGGAAGGCUGAAUUAGCUAAAACCUUGGAAGAGAUCAAAAUUACCACGAAUCUGACCAAUCUGAAGAAAAAAGCCAUUGAGGAGCUGAAGCAGCGCGGUGCCCGCCUGGCAGAGACCAACUGCCGGCUGAGGAAGGACAUCCAGCGCACUGAUGACAGCACUGCCAGGCAAGCCAGGAGCCUGCUGCAGCAGUAUGAAGGAUUUCAGAGGGUGAAGGUGAUGGUGCAGACCUUCUGUCAGAACCAGCUGGAUACAGCGAGGGCAGAGCUGCAGGAAAUGGAAAAAACAAUGGAAAAGAAUCUGGGAAAGCUACAGCAGCAGCUGGAUGAAGUCACGUCGAAGGCAGAGGUUCUCCGGGAGGAGCUCGGCGUCCUGCGGACCUACAUCGAUGGGCAGUUUCCAGCAGAAGCUGUCCAGAUACUCCUCCUGCAGCGCAGCAUCCAGAGCCUCAAGAAGCACCAGCAGGAGGAGAUCGAGAAGACAGAAGAAAUGGGGAAGGCCAUCUUGGCGGACCUGGAAGGGAAGGCACGGGCGGAACAAGAGGCAAUAUUACAGAAAGUCGUGGAGUUUAUGUUGCUGCACCAGGAUGGCCUGAAGCAGAUGGUGAUAAACAAUCACGUUCUGCAACGUGAAAUACUGAGGCAAAAGGAGAUAAUUAAGGACCUGGAGGAGGAGAUUGGCGAGCUGAAGACAAGCAUCCAGACGCUCCGCCAGAGCGCGAGAGACCCACGAGAGCUGAUCUUUGCUGACGUUCUUCUCCGCAGACCGAAUUCUCCGGUAGCUAAUUACUCCCUGAGUGGAGGUAGUGGGGAGUCCCCACUCCUGCUUGUGUGCUGUGCUGAUACUGGAUAUAAGAAUUACAAAGCGUAAGGUGAACCCUCACUUAGCGAUGGUGGGGAGAAGGCCCUGCCAGCUGGAUCACAGGAAUA